AUGUACAUUUUCAUUGCAGCCUUGUUAGUGAACUCCAUUAUUUACAGCACUGUUGUCUACCCAAAGCUUCUGGUUGACUUUUUAUCUGAAAAACAGAUCAUAUCUUAUUCAGCCUGUCUCUUUCAGUUUUAUUUAUUUUACGCUGUAGGCAGUUCAGAAUUCUUACUGUUGUCAGCCAUGUCUUAUGACAGGUAUGUGUCUAUAUGUAAACCUCUACAAUACCCAACUAUAAUGAGAAAAAACACUGUUUAUAUUAUCCUUUUUUUUGCUUGGCUUCUGCCUGCUUGUCAUAUUGCAGUCCCAACAAUACUGAGCUCUGAAACAAAACUGUGUAACUUUAUUUUAAAAGGAAUAUUUUGUAACAAUGCAAUUUACAGACUUCAAUGUGUAACAUCAGGAGUUAUCACUAUAUUUGGCGUUGUUAGUUUAUUAGAUCUUUCAGUUCUGCCUAUGCUCUUCAUAAUAUUUACAUACACAAAAAUAUUCAUAAUAACCUAUAAGAGUUGUAAAGAAGUAAGGAAAAAAGCUGCGGAGACCUGUUUACCCCACCUUUUGGUUUUAAUCAGUUUUUCCUGUUGA